ACGCACACACACACUUUCGUCACUGGACUGGAUGUGAAAACACUUCCUCUCGUUACUGGUCUCCUUCACAAACAACACAGAUGCCUGUUAUACAUCGGAGUUACCGACAACGGGUGCAUUAGGCUCUACUAUCUCCCACCCAUCCGGUGUAUAGCAUAUAUUUUUGUGGGCUCGUAAGGGAAACACGCCAGUGACGGUUUUUACGAGUUCGGUCUGGGAGAGCUACCGGGCGGUGUGCAUCAAUUAUCAACUGUGUUUAUUGUGAUUGACGUGCUUUUUGACGAUCUGGGGCGAAAACUCAGGACCAAGGCGGCCGGGACAAACCUUUACAUGCAAAGAGGAAAAAAAAUCAGUCGGAGAUUAUAAGCCUUCGUUUCAUACUACCCCCUUGCUCCAACAUGACCAUUGAAGAAGAUUUCGAUAAUUUCAUGAAACAACUAGGGGAAAGCAUCUCGGAGGAGGAAUUAAAGGCUCUAACUGCAGCUUGCCAGGACGUCAUACCAAACGAAGCAAGGGAAAAUAUCAAAAAGCAGAAGGAUCUCUUUAGUUAUCUUCAAAAGAUUAAUCAGCUUAGUCAAGAUAAUUUAUAUUACCUGGAGCACGCCUUGGAGAAGAUUUGUCGACCAGAUCUUGUUACCAUGGUGAUGGACUUUCGGGACAGCGCCCCCUCCAGCCAAGACUUAAGCAAUGUCAUCUCUGGACCAGCUAGAAAAUACAAAGAAAUGAACAAAGACACUGGCGAAGUCCCCGAGGAAGUUCUGACUGGAUUAGCUAAGAUUGAACUAGCCCCACCCCCACUCAAUGCUGAUAGACGGAAAGGAAGAGAUACGAGAUAAAUAGACUGCCCCCAGUUAAAUAAUCAUUCUAAAAAUAUCUUAUUACUGUACAAUUAUAACUAUUGGAAAUCUUUUUUAUAUUGAUAUUAUAUUGAGAGUGUUUUAUUAAGGUAAGUAGUAUGUUUAUGUAUUUGAAUUAGUAUUUAAUGCAUCUUGCCCUUGUUCUAUUUUGGUACUGAAACUAUUUAUAACAAGCAGCACUUUUUUAAGGGUACUAAAAUUAUACUGCACCUAAAAAUAUAAUUGUCCUUUAUUAAUUUGCAGCACUUUCACCAUAAUGCGCAUAAUUUAUGCUGAUUUUAUAUUGAUGUUCUUAUGACCGUUAUUGGUCCUGGCAAGCCUAUGCCAGGUCAUCUGCUGAGGAACUUAAUAAGUCGACAUUUAUUUUCUUUAUUAGUUAAAAUAAACUGUAGCUGGAAAGCUGAUCUUGAAUUAAAAUCGUUGACAGAGUUGUAAGUCCACUAAUUGCAUUUAGGCCCAUUAUUAUAAGCACUCGUGUGUAUUGAAUUACGAUGUAUCAUUCUACUUUUACAUGUUUUAUACUGAAAUGAAUAUUUAAAGAAUUUGUUGCCCCUUGACCUCUUUUUGCGUUAAGUCUUAAGUCCACACCAAGAUGUGCAUAAUAAUAAGAUGUUGUGUGUAAUUACGAGGAACUUAAACUUGUCGUAACUGUUCUUCUUUUACAACCAUUUUUUAUGACAUUUUCAUUGUUAUGUUUCCUGGAUUUUUUUUUCUUCAAAUAAGUUUUUGUUGGGGUGGACGUAUACUUUAAUCUACUGGGCAUUCAUGUUUGCUUUACAAUGACGACUAACAAUAACUCUGAAAUCAGCAUGUCCGAAAUCGAGCCACAAUACCACUUUAAGAAAAUAGGCUUACACUCUAUAAAGUAUUGGUCAAACCAUGGACCUACAACAAACCAAUGUGUUGGUAAAUAAUGUGUA